GUUUCGCAAUCUUAGUAACGAAAUAUAGUUGAUCAAAAUGGCCAACAUUGUUAUCCGUCUUGCUAGCGAAGCCGACUUACCAGCCGUUAAAGAAGUUUCAGAGGACGUAUAUGGAGGCCAUGACUAUUUUCUUGGCGAAUUUUUGAACUUUUUGAAUGACCCAAACCGAAGAGUUUUCAUCGCUGAGAUGGAUGGCAAAGUCGUCGGCUUACGAGCCAUGCAUAUUAUUGAUGAAGGCGAAACAGUCAUUGGUCAUUCCUUGCGAGUGCAUUAUAAAAAGCGUUGUCAGGGAAUAGGGACACGAUUGGUCCAAGAAAGUCGCAAUUAUGUCAAAGCGAAAUUUCCACAAGUUAAAUUUGAGAGAUAUGCGACACACACUGUCGAACGUCUGUCCAUACUGAGGAAAUCAGAUGAUGUUCAAUUUCAUGAAGCUGGACUUUUUGAGUGCCUUGUGAACGCUGAUGUAUCCAAACUGAGCCCUCGUCUUGCAAGCUAUUCAACUGAACAGAUUACAGAUUUAAAACUGUUGAACAAAACUGAGCUGGAACGCAUCCUUAAUCAAGAUAAGCUUCGUAAAAUUUCAUUGAAAGGAAAAUAUAUUGGCAUCAGAGAACCAAUUCACGCCAUUGCAUCCAACAUCACAAAUGGAUUAUUCAAGGAUGGUGAUACAAUGCUUGCCUCUUAUUCUGGUGAAUCAGUCGAAUCAUUAAGUAAUUCUCGGUGGUGUAAAACCCUUACAUGUCCUCACUUAAUGUCCGUCUGUUAUACCCUGGAUAAACAAUUGCUUAAAAUCCAUCUCGUGAAACAGUUGGAACAAGCAAUUCAACAACACUCUGGAGAAAUGUUUACCUUUGCUCUCAUGAUCGAUAUAUCGCUGGUCGAAUGCACAACUGAAUUUUUGUUUAAAAAUCUGUCCUUGAAGAAAUCGAGGGAUGGAGUGAAAGCAUACGACAAUUAUUACUUCUUUGAAAAAUCCAUGCAGUAAUAUGAAAAUCCUUGUCAUCACACUCAAGCCAUUUUAUAUAAACGUACUUGAUUAUUAAUUUGCCGCGAUGAGAGCGAUCCGCUGUUCGUAGUGGAGAGCAUCGAGCAGGCUACAAGUGACUAAAACAUUCAUUUAUUUAAAAAGCAUGCGAUUGGAGACGAUAUUGAUUAGGAAAUGUUUGUUAUUUCUUCUAGUUGUCAAGGAAAGUAAAUCUCUAGUAUGUUAGUGCAAUAUUUCUGAAGGGUCUUAAA